AAACAAAUGUGCGAAGCAAGUGUUCAGCUGGAAUAAAUGAUUUUCCGAAAGCAGAGAUAAAGAGUAUGACGCCCGUGGCCAACAACUAGCAGCAACUAUGAGGCAGCUAGCGGUAGUGAUGAUUAUUUUAAAUAUAAAUUACGGUCGCCUUCACUGCUCCUACACGAUGGACAUCGACGAGCCGCACACGUACACACCGCCGAAGCACUACUUCCAAACGUCCUCCUUCGAUGAGAACGAGCUGGACGAUGACGUUGUCAAAAACCCGCUCGAUCGGGGUCCGUACUUCGACAUAUCCGCCUCGCGUAACGUCACCGCACUGGUCGGCAACACGGCCUACCUGAACUGUCGCGUCCGAAACCUGGGCAACCGGACGGUGUCCUGGAUCCGGCACCGGGAUCUGCACCUGCUGACGGUGGGAAAGGCCACCUACACCUCGGACCAGCGCUACCAGAGUGUACAUAACGCGCAGCUCGACGACUGGUCGCUGAAGGUCCUUUACCCGCAGCAGCGAGAUUCCGGUGUGUACGAGUGUCAGAUCUCCACGACGCCUCCGGUCGGCUACUCGAUGACGCUGUCCGUCGUUGAACCCCUGACGUCGAUCGUUGGAGGACCGGACCUGUACAUCGACACCGGCUCGACCGUCAAUCUGACCUGCAUCGUGCAGCAUCUGCCCGAACCACCACCACACAUCCAGUGGACGCACAACGGCGAGGAAAUUAAUUACGACUCGCCACGGGGCGGCGUGUCGGUGAUCACGGAGAAGGGCGACAUCACCACCUCCUAUCUGCUGAUCCAGCGCGCCCGAAGCGCCGACUCCGGCAAGUACACGUGCCUGCCGUCGACGGCCAACCCCACCACCGUGCACGUGCACGUGCUGAAUGGUGAACAUCCUGCGGCAAUCCAGCGCGGACUGCAGAUACGCGGCGAGCGGACCCUCCUUACGAUGCUCUUCCUCCUACUGAUGGCGAUAUCAUCCGGAUGGGGACGGCUCGGUGUCCGAUAA